AUGCUGUGUUUGAUGUGCCACAGUAUGUUGGGCAAAAAGUUCCAUGUGAAAUGCAACACGGAUGACAUGAUAGGAGACCCGAAGAAACUGAUUGCGGCUCAGGCAGGCACCCACUGGAACAAGAUUGUCCUUAAGAAAUGGUACACAAUCAUCAAGGAUCAUGUUUGCUUGAGUGACUAUGAGAUCCAUGAUGGAACGAACCUGGAGCUUUAG